AUGUGUAAGAAGGUUGAUGUUACACCAGUAGAGUCAGAUAUUUCUAAACAUUCAAAUAUUUCUGAACAUUCAAAUGAUGUACCAAAGUCUAAGAAACCACGAAAAUCGAAUAAAACAAAGGACAAAGAUAUAUUUGUAUAUAGGCAGAUCAAUGAAUUAGAUAAUUUACAAUCUAAAACCUGUACCAAAUAUAAACAAAAUCACUCACCUUCUAUGGAAUCACAUAGUCAAUAUACUCAUGCUAAAAAUCAGACUUCUCAAGUUUAUGGAUCGCUGAAUUAUUGUGUUAGUGCUAAAUCUUCAUCUUUUACUGCUAAUAAUUAUGCCAAACAUUCUUCUAAUCAAAGUCACCAUCUACAUUCUGAUGAAGAUGAAUCUUCAGAAGAUGAGAUUUUUUCUUCACUUGAUUUGACAAUUUCACCUACAAAAGAUGGCUUUUUUUUUCAAGAUGAAACAUAUCUUGUAUGGUGGCUAGAAAUACAUAAAGACAUAUUAUUGCAGGCACUCAACUCUAUUUUUUCAUCGCCAUCUGUUACAUCAAUUGCUUCAUCUGACACAUCACAUUUGGCAAAAAUACUUUCUGAGCAAUCGCAAAUUCUGUUUCUUCGAACCCAAAUGCCAACAAAAAGAACCUGUUCGUCAUUAAUUAGGAGUAUUAUUCCUAAUAUGAUUAGCACGCAUUCAGAUUGGAAUGAAAUUUCAAGUAAAUUAAGACAGGCAUUCGAAAAUUUUUGUAGUACCUAUAAUGAUGAUGUUGCCAAAUUGGCAAAUCAUUUGAUUAGAAAAAAAAGGCAAAAGCUAAAGAAAAAAAAUCCAGAUUAUACCUCUACGGUCUUAAAUUGUGUCAAAGAAUUAGAUUAUAUUACAAUUGACAUAAAGUUUCCAGCUGUAAGUUAUUUUCAAUAUGCGAAUCAACUAGAACUUAAAGAAGAACAAGAAAGCUUCAACUAUAAUAAUCAGCAAUUUGAAUUUAAUGCUCAACCUGAUAAUAAACAACAAUCUUAUAGAAAUAAUAAUACUAAAGACUAUAAUAAUCAAUAUACAAAUAAUAAUAGCUUGGAUAAUGAAUUUGAAGAUAGCUUGGAUAAUAUCAAUGAUAUAGAGCUUGAUUGGGAAUCUGACGACGGUUUAAGCUAUAGUGAAUUAAAUAGUAUAGAUAAUGAAAAUGAUAAUAUAAAUAGUUAUAGUUCAGAUAAUGAGUAUAAACCAAUAGAUAAUAUACCAAAGAUAUUUGAUGGAACAAAAUCAGAUUUAAAUUGGAACCAUGAUAGCCCAUUUUGUUCAUUUGAAAAUUUCACAAAUAUAGCUAUUUUCAUAUGGUCCACCAAAUAUAUGAUUUUACAAAUCCUACUUAACCCAAAGUUUGAAAAAAAGCACUUAACUACCAAUUUGCAAUAUCUUAAGAGACAACAUGAGCAAUUACCAUUGAUGAAAAUUUAUAGUCAUAUAAUUCCAAUAAAUACUAAAAACACACCAUCGAUAUCUAAAAACUCUACUCGGGUUUAUUAUUUUUCUUUAAUUGAACAUAUUCAACGUAUCUUAAAGAAUCCAUCUAUUAGUUCACAUUUAUAUUUUGGGCCGGGUAUUUUGUCAAAAUCCUGUAAAGAAUUAUGGGAAGGGGAUCUUUGGGCCAAAUCCCCUCUUUUUGGCCAAUCUAAUUUAAUUACAAUACAAGGUUUAUUCAAUUGUGGAAAUUUCAUUAAAUACUGUUUAGUUAAUAAAACUAUUGAAGUCGGCCGAAUCAGAUCUUUUGUUACUGUUGAUAAAAAAAUGAUGACACGAAUUCAACGAUUAUUUUCAUACAAACAAAUUCCACAAUAUCUACAUUCAAAACAACAUAUUUCAUACUUGCCAAAGGAACAAUAUCUAGUUGAAGAAUCAGAACUUUUCAUUAUUGAUCCAUCAUCAUUAAUUUGCUACUUUAAUGUUUGGCUUCAAGACCAACCAUCACCACCUAUAGUUGAUUUUUUGUCAACAAAAUAUUAUAUUAUAAUAAUAACUGGUGGAGGCUUCACCUAA